AUGUCUCAAGAACAUACUACUGUUACUGUUAAUCCUGCUGGCUCCUUGGAAAACGCAGUUGCGGAUUUGCGUGAAGAAGAGGUGGAACCCCUACGUCUUUUGCUGGGCAAAAGGGCUGCUGACUUGCAAUCUCUGUUGGAUCUGGUUGUCUUGACAUCGGAUGGAUCUGGAUUGCCUCCUGGUUUUUCUUCGUUGCGCUCUGCUGCCAAGGCUGUCAACUCUUUUGUACCUGACGGUCUUCCCUUAUUUCAAUGGACCGGCCUGAUUAGGGAUAGUAACAGGGAAAGUUUUCCGAAUGUUGAAGCAUGUAUUCGUCGGUUUGAGGAUGUACUCAUCUCUCAUGAAAUGAGUCUUGACACCGACUGGUCCCGCUUGUUGCCCCGUUGCUUGGGUAUUGACCUGCGUAACUGGCUGAAUGAAUUUGUCGAAGGACAAGGGGAUGCGCAGAUCUCUUGGUCCGCUGUGAAGAAGGCGAUCAUCUCUCGUUACGGUGUUCCUAGGGAGCAAAGUCGGUUUGCUCGGAUCCGUGAAUUCUUGGCUUGCACGAAGCAAGACAGUGAGUCUGUUGACUCCUUCCUGGAACGGUUUAAGGGUUUGAGAGCAAGAUCCGAGGUGUCUGACAAGCAUGUGGCUGAUCUGGUGUUCUUCGAUGCGUUCCCGAAUUCUGUUUCUCGCUUGCUUACUGUAGCAAUGAGCCAAGCUUCCGAAGCUUCGUUCUAUGAUAUCGACUAUAUGUCUUCUGUGGCCCGCCGUCUGGAUACGACUAUUGAGAAGGUCGGUAAGGAUGUUGAUCGCUUGGGCUCUCGCAAGAGAGAAGCGGAUGCUUCACACCUUCCAGUAUCCAAUGAGGCUAAGAAGUCAAGAUGGUACGAGGAACCGAGUUCUUCUGGUGCUCGUGGGGCUUCUUCGCGUCGUUCUAAUUCUGGUAUCAGGGAUCCUAGGGUCUCGAAGUUUGGCAAGACCAUGGCUCAACAUCGUGCGGAGCAAUCGUGCAAGGAAUGCAAUGGACACUACGGAAAGGGUCAUUCGUGUGCCAACGGUGGUUCUUCUGGUCCUACGAAGACUGUUCGCAUGAUGAUGAAGCGUCCAACAGUACAAUCCAUGGUGAACAAGGCUUUGGCGUCUGAGGCUGGUGCUGCCGUACUUCGGGAAAAGAGCAGGGAGGUCAAUGCCUAUUCCGCUGCGUCUUCGGUUGCUGCUUCUGUCGUUGUUUCUCCUGUUCCUGUGCGGGAUGAAGUUAGUCCUGGUUUGUCUUCUGUUCAGGAGACUGAGAACACUGAGGUUGACUCUGAUGUGGAAAUGUCGGAAUCAGAUGGUCAUACUAUCACCGAUGCUGAGGGCCUGUGUGGUCGAGCUCAGGCUUCAAUUGUUGAUGGUAUGGAAAGUGUUUCUGUGUCUGAUGUUGACUUGUUGGUGCAGAAUUUGUCUGCUCAAGAAUGUAAGUUUGAUGCUGUAUUUAGUGCACCUCCUACAUUGCGUUCCAAUGCCAUUUGUGUUCCAAUUGUGGUACAAAAUGUCAUUUGUUUCGGCAUCGUAGACACUGGUGCGACUUUUAGUUGCAUUACUGACGAGUUUUUCGAUCAUCUAGGAGGUCGUACUCAUUCUGGUUUUGAAGCUGCUGCUGCUGACAGUGUUGUACAGUUGGCACAUGAAGCGACUACCGUUCCUCGUGUUGGUUCUGUGGUCUUGAAUGUUACUUAUAAUAAAGUUGUUAGUUCACAUUCAUUUGAAGUUUUUAUAUUUUAUUCAGAAGAAAAUGUACAUGUGUUAUUGGGAGUGGAUGUUCUCUCUAAGAUUGGUAUCGGUAUUAGUGGUUUAGUGAGUCAGCAUGAUCUUCAGACUGGUCCCAGAAAGCCAGAUCCUGUUGACGACUCGAUUUAA